AUGUCAAACUAAUUGCAAAGCAAUUAAUAAACCUUUGAUAGAGCAAUCCAGUCCAUUUCAAAUUAUUUAAAUCAAAAUGAUCAUGAAAAUCAAUAAUAAUCUCUGGCUGUGGCUGGUUAAAUAAAGAUUGAUUGCAAAUAAUUGAGAGUCGUAACUUUAGCAUUCAAUCCAUAUUAAAAUUCAGAGAAUAAUAAUCAACUUGUUGUUGUAUAAGAAAAAGGGGUUAAUUUCUAUAAAGUUACAUUUAAUCAAGGUUCUUAAUAAAGCUACAAUAUUGAAGCUAAUUUUAAUUUUUAGGAACACUUAAAUGAUAAUGACACAAUCACAGCUAUUCAUUUUCCAAUUACAAAGUAGGAUAACUAACCAUUCUUUAUUGGAACUAAGAAAGGAAAAUUGUUAUGCGCAAUCUUGAAUCCAAAAAAGAAACUUAAAAAUCUUAUAUAUCUUCAUAGUGGUCAAAUAAGUUGUAUUUAAUAAGUAGAUGCAUAUGAUAAUAAAUUAAUUUUAUUAACAGGUGGUUAUGACGGUCUAAUUAAAUAAUUUGAAGUUAUCAUACAUUACGAUAAAGAAGUUAGAGGGAAUGAAAAUUAAGAUGGAUAAUAACCAUAAAAUCAAUAGGCAAAUUAAGAUGGAUAAUAAAUACAAUAAAAUCAAUAGGCAAAUUAAGAUGGAUAAUAAAUACAAUUAAAUCAAUAGGCAAAUUAAGAUGGAUAAUAAAUACAAUUAAAUCAAUAGGCAAAUUAAGAUGGAUAAUAAAUACAAUUAAAUCAAUAGGCAAAUUAAGUAGGAUAAUAAAUACAAUUAAAUCAAUAGGCAAAUUAAGAUGGAUAACAAAUACAAUUAAAUCAAUAGGCAAAUUAAGUAGGAUAAUAAAUACCAUAAAAUCAAUAGGCAAAUUAAGUAGGAUAAUAAAUACCAUAAAAUUAAUAGGCAAAUUAAGAUGGAUAAUAAAUAUCCAAUUGCUAUUGGAUAGAUUUCGAUAUCGAAUAUAUGCCAGCAGAUGAUCAAGGGGCGUUAAAGCAUGGCUCUAAGGAAGGGGUUUUUUGGCUAUCCUUAAGUGAUAUAAAAAAUGGUGAAAAAAGAAAAUAGAGACUGAUCUCUUCAGGUUAUGAGAAUAAUUUUUACAUUUGGGAAAGAAAUAUCAAAAGUUAUGAUUGGCAAUUCAUCCUCAAAUAUAAAAGAAAUGCUUUUGGAACAAGAGUUUCCUAUUAUGGAUCAGAUUGUAUAGUCUGGCAAAUGUUCAAACAAAAUUAUGUGAAUAUUUUAAUAAAUCUUGAUACAUCGAUAUUAAAUAAUAAUGAACUUGCAUUGAACUUCAAGCCGGAAAAUCUAAGAAAAGUUUAAUUCGAUGAGCAAUAUAAUGAUAACAAGCUAGAAAGACAUGAUAAUGAUAAAUUUCCGUUGUUAUACAAUAGAGAGAAGGACAUAAUGGCGAUGAAAUAUGGAAAUAGAAUUCAUUUUUUGAUAUGUAAAUCCUAAUUACCAAGCAAAGAAGGAUCACAAAACAUAGCUUAGCUCUUUUAAGCAAAGCGUGAAUUAAGCUUUAAUUAUUAUCAAUAAUACAUUUAAUGUAGUUUAGAUUGUACAGAAGGAGCAAUAUCACCAGGAGGUGAUAUGUUAGCAGUCUACGAUGGUUGCCAAAAAAAAGUGACAAUUCAUAGGUUAUGGUUUCUUUAAAAAAUCAUAUGAUAUUGAAAUACACAUAAUUUUGUAAUAAUUGGUAAAUUUUUAA